UGCUUAAGUAAACGGGUCUAGGGUUGGUUUCAGGUCGGGUCAAAAUCGGGUUCAAGUCAUCAUUUUUCCUGAUUCAGACGGAUCGGUUAAUAAUUAGGUUCGGGUUGAUAUUUCGAAUCGGAUCAGCUUUUGACAGCUCUACUCCAUAACGUCCACAGUCCACACUAAAAAAAUUCAUCGAUUGCACUACGUGCGAACCAAACAACGUUGUCAAAAUCAUCUUAGAACGAAUAUUCUGUAGAUUACUCAAAUCAAUAUUCAAAUUCUUCCUCCAAUUAUACAUCAAUGGAGUUCUCAAACUCUGCACAUCCCCUUCACCUCUUCCUAUUUACAGUAGACCAAAAUUCUGCACAAUGCAUUUCCAGUUCAAAUCAUUGUUAUGGGUCCUCAAUUUAUUUAUGGUCUGUUUUGCUGCAAUGGAAGCAAUGCCCACUACUUUGGAAGGCCCUUUCGACCCCAAAACUCGUCGUUUUGAUCCGUCUUUGCGGCGAGGUAGCACUGAUUUGCCAUUGGAUGAUCCAAGAAUAAGGAGAAAUGUAACUGGGAGUUUUCCUGAACAAAUUUCACUUGCACUUUCUUCACCUUCUUCAAUGUGGGUCUCUUGGGUUACUGGUGAAGCUCAAAUUGGUAAGAAUGUAACAGAAUUAGACCCAUCAAGUGUUGGAAGUGAAGUUUGGUGUGGAAAAGGUAGUGGGAAUUAUACUACUAAGAAAAGUGGGGUUUCUAUGGUUUACAGCCAGUUGUACCCUUUUGAAGGUCUGUUAAAUUAUACUUCAGGAAUCAUUCAUCAUGUUAGACUUGAAGGUCUUGAACCUGGAACAAGAUAUUAUUACAAGUGUGGGGAUAGUUCCAUCCCUGCAAUGAGUGAAGAGCAUACCUUCGAAACUCUUCCUUUACCUGGACCUAAUGCUUAUCCUCGACGUAUUGCUUUCAUUGGAGAUUUGGGUCUGACUCAUAAUUCUACAACAACUAUUGAUCAUGUUACUGAGAAUGAUCCGUCACUAGUACUGAUGGUUGGUGACUUGGCUUAUGCAAAUCAGUAUCGUACAACAGGUGGGGAAGGAGCUUCAUGCUUUUCCUGUGCAUUCCCUGAUGCACCCAUUAGAGAGUCAUAUCAACCAAGGUGGGAUGGUUGGGGAAGGUUCAUGGAGCCUCUAAUCUCCAAAGUCCCAAUGAUGGUUAUUGAAGGCAAUCAUGAGAUUGAGCCUCAAGCUGCUGGGGUAACAUUUAAAUCGUAUCUCACAAGGUUUGCUGUUCCUUCAGAGGAGAGUGGCUCGGAAUCUAAUUUUUACUACUCUUUUGACGCUGGAGGUAUUCAUGUCAUUAUGUUGGGAGCUUAUGUCGAUUAUGAUAGGACGAGUGCUCAGUAUGCUUGGCUAGUGAAGGACCUUGAAAAAGUCAACCGGGAUGUAACUCCUUGGCUGGUUGCUGCAUGGCAUUCUCCUUGGUAUAAUAGCUAUUCGUCGCACUAUCAGGAAUUUGAGUGCAUGAGACAAGAAUUGGAAGCACUCCUCUACCAGUAUAAAGUUGACAUUGUCUUUUCCGGUCAUGUUCAUGCAUAUGAGCGGAUGAAUCGUGUUUAUAAUUACACAUUGGAUCCAUGUGGUCCUGUUUACAUAACAGUUGGAGAUGGAGGGAAUAUCGAGAAAGUUGAUGUCGAUCACGCUGAUGACUCAGGGAAGUGCCCAAAGCCCAGUGACAACGUACCUGAAAUUGGUCCAGUGUGCCAUUUAAAUUUUUCUUCAGGUCCUGCAAAGGGAAAAUUUUGCUGGGAUACACAGCCUGAGUGGAGUGCAUUCAGGGAGAGUAGUUUCGGACACGGAAUACUUGAGGUCUUGAAUACUACGCAUGCAUUAUGGACUUGGCACAGGAAUCAGGAUGUGUUCAGGGAUGAUGUACGAGGUGAUCAAAUAUAUAUUGUCCGACAGCCAGAGUCCUGCAACCCCAUUGGACAAGUAAUUCUUUAAGGCGAGGCUCAUUCUUUGUAUAAAACAAAUGGCUAUCUUGCCUAUCAAUUUAUUUGUGUUAACUAUUCACCAUUUUUUUGGAAUAUGGAAGCAUUUGUGACUUGUGAAGGCCCUUGACACUGUGUCCUUUUUCUCUGUCCUUUGGGACUGUUAUAUCCAUUAUUACCUGAAUCAGGUCAUUUUUUCUUUAUUAUUUUACAUUAUGCAAGAUUUCGUCGAAUAAUAUACGUAGUAUAUGAAGUGAUUUAAGGAUCUUAGACUUGAGCUGCUAAACCAUAUCACUGUCAAUAAGUGUAAGAUUAUUUUGUUCUUUGAGUUAUUUAUUUUAUUUAUUUUUUUUUUUAAUUUUUUUUACCAUGAGAACUAUAUAAAUAAAAGCAAAUUACAACCUCAGGAAACUAAAAAAAACAACACACACACAAAACAACAAAAGAAAUCUAUGAGUACUGAAGCUGAAGCAGUGCACUGAAUCAAACCCACAUACACACCUUGCCACUUAUCACUGGAGAACCGAAGUGAAUGAUAAAACCACCUAAACACACACAAACUAAGGGGCCGUUUGGUUGGGGUUAAUAAUCAAAGGGAAAGGGAAUGAAGAUGGCUCAUUCCCUUUGUUGUUGUUUGUUUGCCAUUUUUUUCAUUCCCUUUACCCAUUUUCAUUUUUGAGUUUACCCAAAAUCCUUCUAUAUUGAUUCCCCACCCCCCCUAGACUUUGGGAUUCCCAUUCCCCAGCCACCACUACACCACCAACUGCUACCUUACCCAGUCACGCCCACCGCCAAGGCACCUCGCCGGAACUCGUCCACCUCCCCCUCCCCUCGCCGAAACGCGUCGCACCUCCCCCUUGUCGGAAUCCGUUGCGCCUCCCCCUCCCCUAGUCGGAAUCCGUUGCGCCUCCCCCUCCCCUCGC